AUGGCGGACUCCUUCCCUUUCUUUCUCACCCUUCUUCUCUUUUCCUUCAUAAAGCCCAUGCUUUCUGUACAACCAUACGACCCAACACCCUGCAUCACCUCCACGGACCUCCGCCAUGGCUCCACCUACAUCUGCACCUCCACCACCACCAAAACCUGCAACACUUUUCUCGUCUACAGACCUCAAUUCAAUCAAUCUCUUUCCGCUAUUGCUACCCUUUUUAACCUCAAUCAAUCUCAACUCCACCAAGCCCAAGAAGUCAUCGUCCCGAUCAUCUGCGAUUGCCCCGACUCCUCCUCUCGAGCCAUCGCCAGUUACUCGAACCUUGACUUGUAUACGGUUCGAGAUAUCGCUUGCGGAGUCUACCAAGGGAUGGUGAACCCGCAGGUUGUGGCGCAACAGAACGCCAACAACCACGAGCCGAAUAAGGUGGUUAAGGUGCCGGUUAAGUGUGCGUGUACCGAUUCGUCGCACGAAACAACAGGCACGAAGUAUCUCGUGACAUAUCCGGUGAUGGACAACGACACGAUUGAUAUGAUUGCAUGGAAAUUUGGGGUGACACAAGCGUCGAUUCAGGAAGCGAACGGGUUGGGCCCGAAGCAAACGAUUUUUGGGGGCACCACGUUGUUGGUGCCAACAACGGGUGUCCCAGUGUUGAACUUGGAAAAAGUGGUCAACAAUCCAAGUCCUCAAGACACCAUUCCUGUUAACGGAAUCUCGAAACGUAGUACUGGAAGCAGUCUUCUGCUUCCAGUUCUGAUCGUUUUAGGGAUAAUUUCUCUAUUCGGUGUAGUUUCGUUUCUUGUUUUCCUUAAGUGGAAAUACGGUCACCGUGAACGACCAUUGGAGUCCAUAACGGGAUCGGAGUUUAGACGUUUCUCGCCGGAUUUUAUCGAUGGCAUCUCGAAGUUGAAACACAUUUUAACAAGUUUCGACUUAGACGAGCUUAGACUCGCUACACAAGACUUCUCAGAAAGUUCGUUCAUUGGGAAAUCCGUCUACAAAGGUCGAAUUACAACCGGUUUUUACGUCGUGAUUGAAGACAUGGGCUCGAUCGAAUCGGCUCAUCGUGUCAUCCACAUCUUAACGAAAAUCAAUCAUUUCAAUGUGGUUAAGCUCGAAGGAUGUUGUUUCGAAAUGAACCAGUCGUUUCUAGUGUUCGAAUUCGCCCAAAACGGUAGCUUACGAGACUGUUUAAACGACCCGAAAACAAGAAAAAAGUUGACAUGGCCAAAACGAGUGAAGAUCGCGUUUGAUGUCGCCGAAGCGUUGCACUACAUACAUUCGUGCACAAAGCCGACUUACGUUCAUCGAAACAUAAGCACCAGAAACGUGCUGAUAACAAUGGAUUGGAGAGCGAAAAUCACGGGGUUUAACCUUGCAGUACCUAUCAUCUAUACCGCCAGCGGUAGGGAUUGGACGGAAAAAAAAGGGUAUUUAUCGCCGGAAUAUCUCGACCAUGGGCGGGUUUCAACUAAGGUGGAUGUGUACGCUUACGGGGUCGUUUUGUUGGAGCUUUUAUCAGCAAAAGAGGCGGCCACCGGGCGGAAGUGGUCGGAGGAUGUCGGAUUUCUGGCCGACGGUGAGGUCGCCGGAGACUCUCCGGGGUGUUUGGAGAAAUUUAAGGUGUUUAUGGAUGCAGAUUUGGAAGGUGAGUAUGAUUUGGGGGAUGCAAUGUGUUUAACACUUUUGGCCAAAUGUUGCAUACUUGAUGACCCUCAAAAUAGGCCUACUAUGAAUGAUGUUCUCAAGGCUCUUUCAAAAAUCUUAUGA